AUGUACAGUCCAUCCCGUAGCGGUGUUCCACCACUCCAACCAGCUAAUUCAAACAUUCAUCAUAAUGAAUAUCGUGGAGAAUAUCCACCACCACAUCUCCAUCCACUUCAUGAUGAAUAUUAUCAAUCACCACAACUUAUUCCUCCACGUCCAAAUAACCCAACAGAAGAACGAGAAGAAUCACAGAGGCGAAGUAGUAGCAGUGGCAGCAACGAAAAAAAUAAACAUACUACAAGGGGUACUCAAUUGACACCAUUACCUAGAACAAGGUUUAAGAAGGAGCGUUUUGCAGCAUUUGAGCCACACACCUACGCCGUAGAAGCAAAACGUUCUUAUUCACUACUAGUUUGUCAGCAACCUUUAAGAGCUCGUAUGUGUGGUUUUGGAGAAAAAGACCGUCGACCAAUUGAUCCACCACCGAUCGUGCAAUUGCUAAUAACUGAUAGCAAUGGACACACAGAUAAUAGUAUGAUUCAAAAUCCAUUUUUUGUUCUACAUGUAACAUUAUGGUCAGAGGAUGGUAGAGAGGAACGUAAUGUCAUUAGUAGUCCACCUAAAACAACUCGUGUACUUAUGGGAUCACUGGUAUCAUCACCAGCAAUACUUAAGAAUACAUUAGGUCAACAGGGUUGCUAUUUUUGUUUUCCAGAUCUUUCUAUACGUACAGAAGGAAAAUACACUUUAAGAUUUUCACUUAUGAAGUUGGGAAGUGAAGAUAGACUGAUAGAUACAAAAACGGAAAUAAUUGCAACAGUAUUUUCUGAACCAUUUACAGUCUAUUCAGCCAAGAAAUUUCCAGGAAUGACCGAAUCAACGGAAUUAUCGAAAGCGUUUGCUAAACAAGGAUUAAAAAUUCCAAUUAGAAAUGAUGUUAGGCCUAGAAAAGCUGCAGACGACGGAUAA